AUGGCAGCAGCAGCUAUCCAGCAGGAGCUGAAAUGCUGUAUCUGCCUCAAUAUCUACUCUGAGCCCACCACUUUGCCCUGUGGACAUACACACUGCAAGCAAUGCAUCCUGCAGACUUUGCAGACGAGCGGUCAAAGGUCCUGUCCAGAAUGCAGAAAAUCGUUGCCCCAUGGAAUGGAUCUCAACAGAAACACAAAGAUGUGCAGCAUCAUAGAGUACCUGAACUCUACAAAAUCACAGCGCCAAGGUGGGUGCUCCUACUGUGACGGGACCCCCGAAAAGCUGUGCCUAGAUUGCGAGACGCCACUUUGUUGUGACCACCUCAAGAAACACAAAGCAGGACAUGUUCUCACUGACGUCAGCACCCCGCUCCAGAGCAGAAAGUGUCCCGUCCACCAGGAACUCCUUAAAUAUUACUGUAUGGAGGAGGGCUUCAGCAUCUGCGCAUCCUGCGGUGUCACUGGAGACCAUAAACAUCACAAAAUUGUGCCGCUUAGUGACCUCUCCGAUAAGGAAAAGUCUGCCCUUAAAAUGCUAGAAGAUCUUCUAAUUAGGAAGCAGGCUGAAAAAAAGGAAAAGGUCGCCCAUGUAAAGCGCCACAAGGAGAAAAUUGCUUCAAACAUUGGAAUCAUGAGACGCUUAGUGACUGGGGUGAUUGGGGAGAUGAAGAAAGAUUUGGAAUCUAUGGAGCGUCAAAUUUUGUGCCAAAUCAAAACGCAAGAGGACCAGGUGUGUUCCCAGCUAUCUCAAGCUAUGAAAUCAUUGGAAGGCCAAAUACUGGAAAUCAACAACCGGAUACAAGAAAUCCAGAAUCUGUACAACACCUCCGAUCCACUUACCCUGUUAGAGAAAAAAGCUCGGAACGCCAAUCAAGUAAAAUCUAUAAUAAAUGUAAAAGAUGACUUUCAUGUAGACAAUCUGGAUGGCGAGACGAUCUUGAUUAUGUUACAGUCCAGCAUUCACAGGUUCACAAGGAGCUUACCAAUCCUGUUAAAGAAUUGUGGAAUACCUAUUGAAGAUGCCACCUCCAGAAUGCUUCCAUUAAAUCAAAUCACCAAAAAUGUUCCCCCGUUCUUAGUACUCACCUUGGAUGGUCAGAAUGUUGACAGUCCUCGAUUCGCUUUCAGCGCAUUAGGCUUAUCGUCAGGUCAACAUUACUGGGAGGUGGAAACCAGGGAGAAACCUCGCUGGGCUGUUGGAGUGUCUUAUGAUAAAGACCCUAGAGCGAUGGGAUAUGCUGCAGAUUACUGGUGCUUGCAGCUGACCGAUGACAUGCAAUACAAAGCUGUACAUAACAGCCAGGAAAUGAUUGUUGCGACCAAUGCCCCCGUAAACACGCUUGGGGUGUAUUUGGAAUAUGAAACAGGAAUCGUGUCUUUUUACCAGGUAUCCAACAACUGUGUGAGAUGUCUCUGCUCACUGAAUGGCAAAUUCAUCCAACCCUUGCACAUUUUCAUGUAUGCAGAGCAUGGUGGCUGGAUAAGAAUUAUGAAAUAA